GCGCAAGAUCGCGCGCACGCGAAAGGUCAUGGCCGACGACAACACGGACGAUGACCUCCACAGCAUCGCAGUGCUCUUCACGUAUACGUUUGGCAUCGCGUCGAUGAGCAUGGGCCACGUCUUCGCGUCGACAGGACCGCUCAUGGGGUCCAUCCUGCUCUACCUCUUGUCGGCCAGCAACCUCCAUGCCAGCGCCUUGCUCGCCAAGUGCAUGGCCUUGGCGCCACCGUCCGUGCGCACCUAUGGCGACUUGGGGCUGCACGCCUGCGGCCCGGUCGGACAGUACGUCAUCCUCAUCUCCGAGUCGCUCUCGUGUCUUUUGACACCGAUUGCGUUCCUUGUGCUGGGCGGCACAGAGCUGCUUCCAUCGAUCGCCCAGUACAUCCAUGCGCCGUGGCUUACGUUUUCGUCGACGGCGUGGAUCCUACUGUUUGCGACGGCGAUGCUCCCGAUCGUCUUCAUCCCGAGCCUCAAAGAAACCUUCGCGCUGUGCGUGCUUGGCGGCCUCGCGACCUUCUUUGCCGACAGCGCCGCGCUCUACGUCAACCUCACGCUGCAUCCAAUGGCGCCGCGCGAGACGGCCGUGACGUUCUCUGGCGUCCUCUCGGCGUACGGCACCAUCAUGUUUGCGUUUGGGACAGCAUUGCUCGUGCCACCCUUGCACCGCCAGCGCCGAGACAAGGACGUCGGACGCUUUGUACUUGUGCUCAGUGCGACGCUAAUUGCUAUCACGUGUCUCUACAUUGGCAUCGGGUCGGUCACGUACUUUCAACUCGGCUGCACCGCGCCCGCGACGCUUCUCGAAAGCAUGCCCCGGGGUCUCACCAAGACGCUCGCGACCAGCGCGAUGCUACUGCACAUCAUGGUCGCAUACCCCGUCAUUCUAACGCCCACACUGUUUGUGCUCGAGCGCAAGGUCUUUGGGAAGGACGCCGACGCACCGGGGGUUCUAGUCGGCGAAGAUACCACCGCGCUCCUCGGGCACAGCGCACCGUCGUCGCCGGUACGAGACGACGAGAAUGACAUAACGUCGACACAUGUCUACAAGCCGGUCAACGAGAAGGAGGCUAUGGUGAGUCAUGAUGACGUGGGGUUUACAAAGCGCGAACUCGCCUGUCGCGUCGUCCUGCGGACGCUGAUUGUGGCUGUCCAGUGCUUUGUCGCGAUCAUGCUCCAGAGCUCGUUUGCCGACAUCCUCUCGCUCAUUGGCGCGACGACCGUGACGCUGCCGUGUAUGAUCAUGCCGUGCGUGUGCUACCUCCGCAUGGUGCCUCACGACGGCAGCUACCUGAGCGGGUGCACGCGCGCAUUUGCGUACUUUGUGAUAUUCUCGAGCGCACUCCUCAGCGUCUACGCAACGGUCCAUGCGAUCGGCAACAUUCAAACCAAUAUGGCGACCUUCCACCUCUUUGCGCCCGUCCACCACCGCGAGUUUGUCAACGGCGCCGAAAAAUUUCCCUUUUGCCAAGUCGGGGAGCGCAACUAAGCUAUGAAUGCAACUACUAUAACGUG